GUGAAGGACAAUAAAAUACUGCUUCUGCUGAUGAGCUACACGGAACCCACAGGGACACAGAAGCCACCGGCAUCGGGCAGUUGGGGUGCUGCGCUGUACACCGGCACGGUCGCAGGCUCCGGUGGAGCCAACGCAAUAACGUGGACGGAAUCCACCGAGUCAUCAUCAUCAACGCUGAAUUCCACCUUCACCACCGAGAUGGAUGCAAAGAAAUGGAGGUCUUUUGUGGACAACGCGGGGCGGGGCGUAAUGCACCAAGGUAAGGUUUUCUUCCCCCUGGUGGCGGUGAGCUCGGAAAGCGGCGUGCGUGUCUGCACAGUCAUCUCUUUGACGGAGCGCAGCGGAGUGACUGCGGGGAGCGGGACGUGGAGUUUCCCUUCGAGCGUUGCGGUGGCUGAGGGCUGCGUCGCCGCGACGCUCCUCGAGUGGAAAAAGAAACUCCUCAUGAUCGCCGUGACCGAACUUCGGCGCUACCGGCUGUACGAGUCGGCUGACGCGGGGGCGACGUGGACGGAGACGACGGGGACGCACGCGCCCCUGUUGGGCGACUUCCUCAACGGCGUCGAGCCCGGCGAGGGAGACGACUUCAUCACCGCGACCAUCGGCGGGACGGAGGUGGUGCUGUUUGCCCGGCGGUGGCACAGCUACGACAACGCGACAGGCGCCAUUGGAUGUGUGCUUCAGCUUUGGGUG